UUUGAAUAAUCUUAUUUCUUUCAAUGUUGAAUUUCACAUGCUUCUUCUUCUUCUUUAUAGUAGUAGUAGUAGUAGUAGAAGCAGUAGGCGAUAGUUUUGUUCCAGUUGUUAUUGUCUUUGGAAUAGUGCCAUUAACCAUCUGUCUUCGUAUUUUUAACCUUACUUCUCUUGCCUCUCUUUCUUCCCUUACUUUCCAUUGUUUUAUUUGAGUUGCUCUUUUAGCUUGUCUUUUUCUUUUUUCUGUAAUAGAUAACGGUUUUGUCAUCGGUACUUCCUCCUCUUCAUCCAUAGCUGCAGUCGUUGUUUUAUGUUUAUUUUUGUUCUUUAAUAUAACAACGGGUUUUUUUAAUUUAUAACGGUAUUUUUUUGUA